AAAACUAUUUACUAUGAUUAGAUCAUGCGCGCUGUUAUUUUUUACCAAAAAGUGGUAAUAGUCGACUACUGGGUCUUUUAGCAUUAUACUUGUGGUCAUGUGGUACCGACCCAUCUCUAGUUUUUAGGUUAUAUUGCUUAUUUAUGUUGAUCUGUCGGCAUUCAAAUAUUUUAACUCAUAUAUACUUUCAAGUAAAAUGCCGAAUUGGAAUCAAAUACAGUCUCAACUGAGGCAUCCUGCUAACCCAGUAGUCUUCUUUGAUAUUUCUGUAGGCACUACUGAAAUCGGAAGAAUGAUAUUUGAGUUAUUUGCCGAUGUUGUUCCUAAAUCAAGUGAAAAUUUCAGGCAAUUCUGUACGGGAGAGUUUCGAAAAGAUGGUGUUCCAUUGGGAUACAAAGGUGCAAGUUUUCACAGAGUAAUCAAAGACUUUAUGAUACAAGGUGGUGACUUUGUGAAUGGUGAUGGAACUGGAGUUAUGAGUAUAUACGGAGGAGGCACAUUUACCGAUGAAAACUUUUUACUAAAACAUGAUACUCCAGGAUUGUUAUCUAUGGCAAAUAGUGGAAAAGAUACAAACGGUUGUCAGUUCUUCAUUACAUGUGCAAAGUGCAACUUUCUAGAUGGUAAACAUGUAGUUUUUGGAAGAGUGAUUGAUGGACUUCUUGUGAUGAGAAAAAUCGAAAAUGUUCCAACUGGUCCCAAUAAUAAACCAAAAAUACCUGUUACAAUUGUACAAUGUGGACAAAUGUGAAAUAGGAAAUUCAAUCAAAUUGUGCUUUUUUUUAAGUAAAUGAAGAUAUCUUAGUUCGGGGUUGUUUUAUACCGGUUUUACUUGAUCUGAAUAUAGUGAAGAAUUGAUCUGACUGAUUUUCAAGGAGGCUCAUGAUCUUAGGCUGUGAUAUAAUUGGAGUUACAUGCAAAUCAGUUUUCAACACUUCUAUGCAACACUACAAUCCCUAAAUAACUUGGUUCAGUACUCUAUUUUUUCAAUUCGGUUCAGCUUAGUAUAAGGAAUGAAUGUUUCUCAUAAAUUUCAAGUUAUAUGUUGUCUCAUAUUGGAGGUACCAUUGUUGCAAGGUGUUGGUACAAAUGUCAAAGUGACAUUCUGUAUAGGCAUUAUUAGGAAUAAUUACAUUUGUUAAUUUAAUAAAAAUUAUUUAAAAACAAAAAUUUCUGUAUUUGAAAGAUAAUACAGAUUUCAAUCAUUUGAUACGUGUUUGAGAUAAAAUUGGCCCACAAAAUAAUUUAUUGAAAUCCUCCUCCCUUGAAGUGAGAUUAACUUUAGGUGUCUUCAAUGAAUUAAGUGAAUAAAUAGUGUUGUAUGC